AUGGAGUCAAGCAUAAGGUUGCCACACCUUAUCACCCCCAAACAAGUGGGCAAGCAGAAAUAUCCAACAGAGAACUCAAAAGAAUUCUUGAAAAGACUGUGGGAACUUCAAGAAAAGACUGGUCGAAGAAGUUGGAUGAUGCUCUUUGGGCAUAUAGGACAGCCUUCAAAACACCCAUUGGAAUAUCCGUUUCAAUUGGUGUAUGGAAAGGCUUGUAAUCUACUAGUGGAGCUGAAAAACAAAGCAUUUUGGGCUCUCAAACUACUGAACUUUGACAACAAUGCUGCUGGUGAAAGAAGGAUCCUUCAACUACAAGAAUUGGAAGAAUUCAGGUCCCAAGUGUACGAAAGUGCCAAAAUUUAUAAGGAAAGGGCAAAGAAAAAGCAUGACCUCAAUUUGGCACUAAGGAACUUUGAAGAAGGAUAG